CAGGUAUGAGGGUGUGUUACGACUCCUUUAUAGAAGGUUGUUCUUUGAUUGAAACUCCUGUGAGAGGCAGAGAAAUAUUGGGCGGCAGAAAUACAAUUAGUCACUUGGUCCCACACCAUUAGUUAUGGAGAGGAAUAUCCAUCUUAGGCAUUGCUUGGUUUGUUGCUGGUAAAGAAGGGUAUAUGCUGUUAUGAAGUGUGUGGUUAGAAGGGAUCAUAUUGGUUUUGAAAAUCUUCACGUUCCUCGUCUACUCUAUCUGAAAGUUUAUCGGCACUUCAUGUGAUUCUUUGUGCAGCUCUGGUUAGAGGCAGAGGAAUACAAGUCCAUUGGUUAGAUUCAGAGGCUGGAAAUAAAGAGGGUAUUUGUACUGCUGAGGUCCAUAUAAGAUACCAUUAUUUCCCAUGGUUGGAACAGGGAACUUGCCGGAGAAUAUGUGCCAUAUGUUGCAUAUGUAUACCCAUGGUGGUAUAACAGAGAUCUGUUCAAGUUUCUUGCUUAUGAGCAUCUUCCUCAUCUCCUAGAUUUCUAAAGACUAAAGCUGCUGUGAUGAUUAGUAGGUUGGAUUGGCAUAGACUAUAGACUUAAAUGUUUUGUGCUUCAAAGAUCAACUAGAGACAGAGGUUGGGUUUCUGCAUAGUUUAGCUUCAUAGUAGUUAUUGAAGAUAUUCUUCCAAUCUCAAACUGAGUUUCCCCAGUUGAGAUUUAGGGGGAGUAUUAAGAGUUCCACACCAUUAGUUAGAUGAUUAGUUAAAAUGAUUGUACAAGUUAGCGAUAUAGUUAGUCAGUUUGUUAGUAUUUGGUUAGAGUAGUUAGACUUUCUCUUACAGAAUUGUGUAAUCUUUCUUUUUCAGUUAAUACAAGCCUCAUAUUUCUCUCUAGUUCAUCUUUCUCAGUUACUCUUUCUUCUCCAUUUUCUCUUCGAUUCUCAAAUAUUUCAACGUAGUUAACAGUUCUCACUUUCGGUUUACCGGUGUUUUGAUUUGUUCAUAUUGAAGGUGCCUAGGGAAAGGGUAAAGGAUAAGGAUGAGUCGGCAGAGAAUCCAAGCCAGACGGAAUGCAAGGAGGAUCUGAUCCCCCAUCUGGAUUUGGCAAUGAUGGUCCUGCAUCGUUACAAGUUGCAUCACAAUCAAAAGUGGCACCACGGCCAUUGAAUGAGGCUCCAGUUUACACGCCAAUGAUGAUUCCACCACCUCAAGGGGUUUCUUCUCAAAAUUCAGAAUGGAAUGGUUAUCGGGCUCCAGCAUAUAUACCAGAAAGAAGCAUGCCUGCACGUCCACCAUAUAUGAUGAACAACUCAGUGACUGAGACCAACGUCUACAAACAAUAUCCACACCAGAAUCAAGUUGAAGAGUUCCCAGCAAGACCCGGCCAACCUGAUUGCAGUUAUUUCUCAAGAACGGGAGAUUGCAAGUUUAAAUCUAAUUGCAAAUAUCACCAUCCGUCAAUUUGACCACCCGUCACAUAUAUCAUCUUCAACUACAUCUGGUACUGAUCAUCAACUUCCUUUCGGUGACUGGGCGACUACUAAUGGGGCGGGAAUAGCUGGGAGCAGAAGUUGGAACUGAUGGUACAAGUCAGCUGCAGCCCGUGCAAUAAGUUAUGCAUGAAUGCUUGCCUAGAGCACAGGAUUCGCAUCACCAAGGACAUGUGCAAUCUCUCUUUUGGUAAAUUUAAUCUUAGAAAUGUAUCAAACCCUUUCACGCGGAUGACACAAACUUUUUAGUUGUGAAUAAAACGUGUAAAUGAUUUCUUAUCCAUGUCACUUUACCGGAAAAUACAAGUUUAGUCGGGAAAUAUCCUUUCAAUUU